UUGCUCUAAAGGUUGGGUGCCCUUAAAUAACCCAUCACAUCCCAUAGGCCGACGAACGACCUCAAAUGACAAGUUGGGUUUUCGAAUCGAUCCUCCUUGUGUGGUGGUUAAUGUUAUGCCACACUCCUCCAAGUGGUUACUGCAACUUCUUCAACGAUUCCUCAAGAACCCAAUUAAAAUCCCACAAAUCCACGCCCUUCUACUCACCGACGGCCAUUUCUUCAACAAAUCCCAAACUUCCUCUAAUCCAAAAUGGGUCACCACCCUUCUUUACAACACUCUCAUCAGAGCCUAUCUAACCUUCAACCGCCCUUGCUCCGCCCUCCUUCUCUACACUCAAAUGCUCUCCCACCACACCAAACCCAACGCCCACACUUUCCCUUCAAUCAUCAAAUCCGCCACCAUUUCUUCCCCUUUUCUCGCCAAAUUGAUCCACGCGCAUGCUUUCAAGAUCGGCGUUCUCACCGACCCCUUUGUGUUGACAUCCUUCGUUGGUUCUUACGCUGAGCUUCGUGAACUGGGUAAUGCACGUAAGGUGUUUGAUGAAAUUACUCACCCUUGUAUUGUUGCGUUUAACUCUAUGCUUGAUGCGUUUGUCAAAAAUGGGGACUUGGGGUCUGCUGUUUUGAUGUUUAGGUCCAUGCCAGAGCGUGAUGUGGUUUCUUGGACUAGUGUUGUUAAUGGGUUCUGGUGGAAUGGGCGCUUUCUUGAGGCCAUUUGGUUUUUUGAGAUGAUGAUGAAGAAUGGUUCGGUGAAGCCGAAUGAAGCUACGUAUGUGAGUGUCCUUUCUUCUUGUGCUAAUUUAGAUGCUGAAGGAGUUCUUUGUCGAGGGAAAGAAGUACAUGCUUACAUUAUUAGAACUGAGGGUGAGUUGAGUGUUUUUAUAGGGACGGCAUUGAUAGAUUUUUAUGGGAAGAUGGGAUUAUUAGGAAGUGCAAGAAUUGUUUUUAAUCAAAUGAAGAACAGAGAGGUCUGCACCUGGAAUGCAAUGAUCUCUUCAUUUGCAUCCAAUAAUAGAGAAACAGAAGCAUUAGACUUAUUCGCUAAAAUGAAAGUUGAAGGAAUACAUCCUAAUGAGGUUACAUUUGUUGCGAUUCUCACAGCGUGUGCUCGUGGCAAGCUUGUCGAAUUGGGGCUGCAGUUAUUCCGAUCAAUGUCGAAUGAUUUCUCGAUUGUACCAAUUACUGAGCACUAUGUCUGUGUGGUUGAUCUCUUAGGCAAAGCAGGGCUUUUGAAAGAGGCAAUUAAAUUCAUGGAGUCUAUGCCAUUUGAGCCUGAUGCUUCUGUUUUGGGAGCCCUUUUGAGUGCCUGUAAAAUUCAUGGAGCCACUGAACUGGGGAAUGAAGUGGGAAGAAGAUUGCUUGUGAUGCAGCCACGACAUUGUGGUCGGUAUGUGACUCUGGCGAGUAUAAAUGCUGGAGCGGAGAAAUGGAAUCGUGCCGCAGUUUUAAGAAGAGUAAUGGCAGACGCCCGGAUUCAGAAAGCUCCAGCAUAUAGUAGAGUAGAUCCAAUGCAAAAUUUGUGUGUCCCAUGAUCAUUGUUCCAAAAUAUUUGUCGGUGUUCUUGAAUUCAGUUUGAACGAGAUGGGAUUUAUGCUAGUGAACAAAAAGGUGUUUGAAAAGCUAACUCACACCACCGUUCUUCUGAGUCUUCGAUGAAACACCGUUGCAGGACAUGAACAUCAGAAUCUCGGUGAAUCAUCGUCCAAUUCAGUAAGUGACAGCCACAGGAUCUUUACCCAUUGGAAGAGUUGUGGAGAAGAGAAGGGGGAGAGGAAGAUGAAGAGGGAAGAGAGAGGAAAUGGUGGAGAUGGGAGAGUUUUUUGUUAUUAUUAUUAUUUUUAAUUUAUAAAUGUCAAAUCAAAAUUAAAAUAGUUAAAAGUGAAUUUUAGUGUGGGUGUGUUUGGUAUCUGAUAAAAGUAGAGAGUUGAGUUGGUAAUUAUUAUUUAGAGAGUUAAAUUAUCUGAAAAAUUAAAUUGACUGUAUUUGUUUGCAGAAUUGAGUUGGUAAUUAUUAUCUGUGUUUUAUGUGCA